AUGGCGUCAGCACCGGGAGCUUCUGUGAUACCAGAGGCUGACCUCCUCUCAUUUCGAGAGCACCUCAGGUCCAGCAAGCGUGUUAUGGCCGUCAUAGGCGCGGGACUUUCAGCGGCAUCCGGUUUACCAACGUUCAGAGGAGUAGGAGGACUGUGGCGACGUUACUCUGCCGUCGACCUGGCCACGCCGGAAGCAUUCAAUGCGACGCCUGGUCUGGUCUGGCAGUUUUACGGUUACCGGCGACAUAUGGCAUUGCUUGCUAAACCAAAUAGGGCACAUUAUGCCCUCGCAGAGUUUGCGAAGAAGAAUCCAAACUUCAUCGCAUUAACUCAGAACGUGGACGGGUUAUCUGAACGAGCGGGCCAUCCCGAGUCCCAAAUCCAACGUCUCCACGGUUCUCUAUUUACCAUAAAAUGUGCGAACGAAUAUUGCACCUAUUCUCGUGAUAAUGACUUCACCGACCCAAUUGUCCCAGCGUUAGAAAUUCCGAAGAUACCUUUUGGAGUUGACCCAUACCCAAAGGACCAUACUGGAGAAAGAGCAGGACAGGCGCUCGAAGAUGCGAUGAAGUCUAACGCAGCGGGUCCCGGUUGGGCACCUGGGAGUGGAGAACUGGAUAUUUCAAACCCCAAUGUUCCUAUCCCUAAUCUGAGGGAGGAAGAUCUCCCGCCAUGUCCGGAGUGCUCAACUGGCUUGCUUCGACCUGGUGUCGUCUGGUUCGGCGAACCUCUGGUCGAGGAAACUAUCAAUACCGUAGAAGAUUGGCUUAAAAAUGGCCCUGUUGAUCUUGUCUUGGUGAUCGGAACCAGUGCGCGGGUCUUUCCAGCCGUUAGCUACAUUGAUCGUGGGCGAUGCAAGGGUGCUCGCGUUGCGAUAAUCAACAUGGAUCGAACCCAUUUGCCUCGAACCGGAAUGAAACCUGGCGAUUGGAUUUUUGAAGGUGAUGCAAGUGCCAUUAUCCCUGAGCUUUUGAAAGAGGUUGUCGGCGAGAUUGAGUUACCAGAGAAUCAAUAA